CCUCCCCUCGGUCCCAACUCCUCCUACACUCCCUCAACGACAGCAGCUACCACAACGAUGGCCCGAUUGCCUUAAGCCCACGUCGACAACAGCUUGCGGGCCCUCGCCGGGCAGGCUGAGGGCUUCGGCCGCUCCGCCAUCGGAGGCCUUCAUGGAUCCAUCUACCACGUCACCUCUUUAGCUGAUGAUGGAAAUGGAUCACUUCGUGCUGGGUGUCGUAUACAAGAACCACUUUGGAUAGUUUUCGAAGUUUCUGGCACCAUUCAUCUCAAUUCUUACUUAAAUGUAUCAUCUUAUAAGACAAUCGAUGGCCGUGGCCAGAGGAUAAAACUGAUGGGCAACGGUUUACGGCUGAAGGAAUGUGAACAUGUCAUUGUAUGCAACCUGGAAUUUGAAGGUGGUAGAGGACAUGAUGUUGAUGGCAUUCAAAUAAGGACCAAGUCAAGGCACAUAUGGAUAGACCGUUGCAGCCUGUGUGGUUACGAUGAUGGACUGAUUGAUAUUACACGAGAAAGCACAGACAUUACUGUUUCAAGAUGUCACUUUGCACAGCAUGAUAAAACGAUGCUUAUUGGAGCAGAUCCUACACACACUGGAGACAGAUGGAUGAGGGUGACGAUUCAUCAUUGUUUUUUUGACGGGACUAUGCAGCGGCAUCCUCGUGUUAGAUUUGCAAAAGUUCAUUUAUACAACAAUUACACAAGGAAUUGGGGUAUAUAUGCUGUGUGUGCCAGUGUAGAAUCUCAGAUUCUUUCUCAGUGUAAAAUAUAUGAAGCUGGGAAGAAGAAGGAGGUAUUUAGAUAUAAGACAGAGAAGGCAGCUGAUUGUGAAGAGGCUGCAUCUGGGUGGGUAAGGUCUGAAGGUGAUCUGUUCCUAAACGGUUCUCAACCUUGUUUAGUCACCGGGCCUGGCGUGGAUUCUGUGUUUAAGGCAAGCGAAUGCUGCUCGACAUUGACUAUGGAAGCUCCGUCGGUGGGUCUGAAAGAGGUUCUCCAAAUUUGUACAGGAUGGCAGGCGAUACCGAGGCCACCGGAGAUUGCUUCAACAGCGUAAGAGGCUCCUGUCAUUUGGGUAUAUACGCUUGAGUCUGAUCUACUGCCUAUUCUAGUGGC